AUAUCGAAGUAACAAGAAAAAAGUUUCAAAAACUUCUAUGACUUUUCGGUUUAUUUGGCCUCUUUUCUUUCAGAAUGCAAUAAAUUCAUAGCUCUGGGCCGGCGUACCCACUUCAUCAGUAUCCCUGUGGGGGUCUCUUGGAAUCUUCGUGGCAGCGCUCACAGAUCGUACUCAUCUACAAUGGCUCCAAGAGGAAGACGCCGAAAGGUGGGUUUAGGGCGAAUUGACGCUGCAUUGGAUGCUAUGCGUCCGCUAGGGUUUUCUGAUGAAAUUGUGCGCAAAUCUGUCAAGGACCUAUUAGAUGUUUAUGGAAAUGAUGGGUGGGCUUUUAUUGAAGAGGCUGCUUACAAGGUUCUGGUUGAUACCUUACUUGAAGAACAAGAGCAAACUCAAGAUGAACAACAACAAUUUCCAGAAGAAAAUUGUACAGAAACCUAUUGUGUAGAACAAAUGCUUGACAAACAUAUUUGUGAACGACAAGAACGUGUGGAGGACAUUUAUGAUGCAGAGAUAUUUGAUAAAGUGUUAUGUGAACAAGAGAAAGGGCAAGAGGAGAAUUUUGAAGCAGAGAACUGUUCAGCACUGAAGGAUGAUGUUCCACAAACAAAGCUUGGAGUACAAAUCCACCUUGCUUCAGACCAUUCCCCGCCUAUGAUGGAGUGCCUUCCCCCAAACCGGAGGCGUAGACCAUGUUAUGGGUGGAUAAGUGAUGAUGAGGAUGAGGAUGAUGAUUUUGUUCUAUCAACGCCUGCCAGAUGUGUUGAUCCUUAGUGAUGUAUUGACGGAAUGCCUAGUUUGAGUAGCUCCACGGGUAGUUCAAAUGCUAAUUCUAGCGAGUCUCUAACAAAGGUCAUAUUCAUAUUCGGUGCUCAAAGCUCCUGCUUAUAGUAAGCAUAGUGUAUCUCCGAUAGACGAAAUUCCUCUAUUUUCAGUUGCAUUUGUACCUCCUUUUUGACUUAUAGUAAGCGUAGUGAAUCUCCCAUAAGCAAUGACAUUGUAUCCGUAAUCUUCUCUUCAAAGAUUUCUUGUAAAAAGUUUCAACUUUUGGCAAUGCAGUUGAAUCCAUUUUAGGGAGUUUUUCUCAGUAUCAUGCAGUACAUUGUAAAGUGAUAUUCAUGUAUUAUCUUGUUGAACUAUGGAUUGUAGAUCCAAGUGAAC